AUGGCGUCUAUUGGGACCUUUCAAAUUGCGGUGGACAGUUCUAUACUUCUUAACGGUAGAAAUCGCCAUCGACCCAUGAUUCCUAUACUUGCAUACAGGCCAAAAAAAUUUGUUGAUGCUGGGGGUUUGUCUAAUUGCCAUACAGCUGGAUUUUCAAGAAUUUUGAGUGAAGAUAAUGUUGGGAGAUUAUCGUUACAUUGUGGAAGUGUAGGGUGGAGAUCGAGGAUAAAGUUCGUACAGGCGACAGGGAAGGGAUCAGAGGAAGCUGAGAGUGGUGAUGAAGAAGAUGAUGCUUUACAGGUCACAACUGAAAAGAGCAAGAAGGUUCUGGACAUGCAAAAAGACCUACGAAAACAGAUUGCAGAAAGAGAGAAUCCAGAAAGCGAUGAAUUGCCUUAUAAGGAGAGUAAUGGAAAAUUUUCAAUUAUUGGCAUUGCAACAACUGAAGGUGAUAAGAACAAUGAAAACCUUGAUGAUGACAGCUUGCCCACUAGCGGCGUUCACUCAGCUGUACAUGAUGUGAAUGAAAACCUAGCUUCCAGUGAAUAUUCAUUUGACACUAUGACACAACCUGGAAAAGACGUGCCUCAUAAUGAGAUUUCCUUUCAGCCAAAACUCGAUCAACAUUUGAAAGUCACUACUUCAGAGUCAGUUCAAUCUCAGGAAGUGCCAUCUGUUCCUCCGAGAUCGUCUGUGUCACCCAGUCCAGAGCCUUUUCCAAAUAAGGAUUCUUACAAGUGGGUGAACAACAAUGCAGAGACCAUAAUAACAGGUUCAGAGACCUCCACCAAAGUAGACCCAGACAAGUUAAAGGAUGCUAAUGUGGGGAAUACCUUUUUAUAUGAUGCACCAUCAAGCCUGAAAUAUGAGACUAAUAAAAAUGCUAAACAAUCAAGUCUAGAGGACACAAGUGUUAAAGUCCAAGAUCCCACAGGCGAAGAUGUGAAACCCCCUCCACUGGCUGGUCCCAAUGUAAUGAACAUAAUAUUGGUCGCUGCAGAAUGUGCUCCUUGGUCUAAAACAGGUGGGCUUGGAGAUGUCGCUGGAGCUUUACCCAAGGCUUUGGCUCGACGUGGACACAGAGUCAUGGUUGUAGCACCUCGUUAUGGUAACUAUGCUGAACCUCAACAUUCAGGAGUUCGGAAAAUGUAUAAAAUAGAUGGCCAGGAUUUGGAGGUGACGUACUUCCAGACCUACAUUGAUGGUGUAGAUUUUGUUUUUAUGGAUAGUCCUCUGUUUCGGCAUAUAGAAAAUAAUAUUUAUGGAGGGAACCGUGUGGAUAUUUUGAAGCGUAUGGUUUUGUUCUGCAAAGCUGCUGUUGAGGUUCCUUGGCAUGUUCCAUGUGGUGGGGUCUGCUAUGGAGAUGGAAAUUUAGUUUUCAUUGCAAAUGAUUGGCACACUGCUUUACUGCCAGUGUACCUUAAGGCAUAUUACCGUGACAAUGGAUUGAUGAAAUAUACGAGAUCCAUUCUUGUGAUUCAUAAUAUUGCGCACCAGGGCCGUGGUCCUGUGGAUGAUUUUUCCUACAUGGGUCUUCCGCCACACUACUUAGACCUUUUUAGGUUGUAUGAUCCGGUUGGAGGAGAGCACUUAAACAUCUUAGCAGCAGGUCUGAAGACGGCAGAUCGUGUACUUACAGUUAGUCAUGGAUAUUCUUGGGAGCUAAAAACCCCUGAAGGCGGCUGGGGUCUACAUGGGAUUAUAAAUGACAAUGAUUGGAAAUUUUGUGGAAUUGUAAAUGGUAUCGAUACAAAGGAUUGGAACCCCGAAUUAGAUAUUUACCUACAAUCUGAUGGGUAUAUGAACUACUCCCUCAAUACUCUGCAGACUGGGAAACCCCAGUGCAAGGCAGCAUUGCAGAAGGAGCUUGGUUUGCCUGUCCGUGCUGAUGUCCCGUUGCUUGGUUUCAUUGGGAGACUUGAUGGUCAAAAAGGUGUUGAUCUGAUAGCAGAAGCGGUUCCCUGGAUGAUGGGCCAGGAUGUGCAGUUGGUCAUGUUGGGCACUGGUAGGCCGGAUCUUGAACAGAUGCUUAUACAGUUUGAGGCCCAGUACAGCGACAGAGUUAAGGGGCGGGUUGGUUUCUCUGUGAAGACAGCUCACCGGAUAACUGCUGGUGCAGAUAUACUUCUGAUGCCAUCAAGAUUUGAACCUUGUGGACUGAACCAGAUGUAUGCUAUGUGUUAUGGGACAAUUCCAGUCGUUCAUGCAGUUGGUGGACUAAGAGAUACGGUGCAGCCUUUCAACCCUAUUGAAGAGACGGGGCUUGGAUGGACUUUUGCAAGGGCUGAGACAAAUGAACUGAUCAAUGCGUUAGGGAACUGCUUACUAACCUAUCGACAAUACAAAAAGAGUUGGGAGGGUCUCCAGAGACGGGGAAUGAUGCAGGAUCUAAGUUGGGAUAAAGCUGCUCAAAACUACGAGGAAGUACUUAUUGCUGCCAAGUACCAGUGGAGAAUAUGCCUCGCUGCAGACGGCGCAGAUUUGCAACGCUGUCGCCUGGCCGACAACAAAUGGGCUGGGUCUAUGUUGCGUGUAGUACUGCAGUCGCCGCCGAUGAACCUUCGCGAUGCUGCUGCAAAUUAG